UGGGGAACCAGCCAAAAUUCUAUUGAUUUGGAGCGGAGGGUACCCUCUAAGGAAAUCCCCUCUAACGCGCCGGGGAAUUCCGGAAUUCCUGGUUGUGCAUAGAAUGCAUGAACCACGGAGAAUAAGAAUAACGACGGCAUUUUUACAACGAUGAUCGAGGCGACGUUGGCAUGCACCACAAAGCUUUUGCAAUAAAACUAGGGCCUAGGUCAAAUAGUUUAAAUAUUAUAGUCAUUUAAACGUUUUUCAGUUAUAGAAGUACGUCAACAUGCAAAAAUGGUAUGAUAGAAUGCUGCAAGAAGAAUAAAUUGUCAAUUUCUGCCUGUAUCAACACGGACCAUAACGAUGGGCAAUAAGUCCACUUUUGUGGGUGAUAAAUGGAUUUCUGAAGCUCAUUGUGUAAAUCAAGUUUGGAAAAGUUGGGCAGGCCUUCUGAUAUCUGUUAAUGGCCGAAUGGCUACAUCUAGCGAACAUAAUUUGGCGAAAUUUUAUUGGAUUAUAAGCAUUAACAGCUGGUUUGAUUGGGACCGGCGGUGGUGUGGGACAUCAAUCAGGAAGAGAUAAAUUAGGUUUCUGGUUUGAUAGGAUUGGAGAGAAAAUGUCUGUUGCUCACCCAAAGGUGCAACACUUUGAAGAACCUGCUGUGGGACAUCAGUCGGAAACAUACAGAGAUUCUUUUGGUGCAAGGAUUGGAGAGAAAACGAUUGUUACUCAGCAAAGGGCAAAAUACAUCGAUGAAUUGAUUGAAGAGGAACAUCUCCUGGGUUAUGGCACUCAUGAAGUGUCAUCUCAGCCGUCAUCAAGGAACAUAUUCCUGACAUUCAUAGUGACAUUCAUAGCCUCUCACCAGUAGGGAAAAAAAACCCGAUCAACAUUCAUCCGGACUUGAACUUUCCAAAACUUUUCUUUCUUUUUAGUUCAAAAUCAUAUCCCUUAUAACAUACUGGCGCUUUGUAAACAGCCAGCUAAAAAAAAAUAGCUCUACUGCUGUAUAUUGUGUACCUGCAAGCAUUUUUGAAACUUCAUUAAGUUUUGAAAAGAUUCAGUAAAGAAGAAAAAAUGAUGCAGUUUGAUAAAACUGACCAACUUCGACUUGGUGAACAAAAGCAACUAUUGCUACAACUUUAAGACCACACGUCGACCUCAAUAUCUGCUGAAGAUAUUAAGUUAUCAUCGACCGGCAAAAAGAAGCAGAUACCAAGACCAAACCAAGUCCGCGUUUACAUGCCGGUAACAUCAGCAUCAUUCGAUCUGUAGAUUGUGUUUAAAAGGAGACUGGUGAACAUGGGAACGCCUGCCCCCAAUUCCCUGGACAUGGAACAAGAGGUGAACCGGCUAGCGACUUUCAAAAAUUGGCCGCGCAGCGCACCGGUCACAGCUAAUGCUCUCGCUAGAGCUGGGUUUUGUUUUUUGGGUAUUGGCAAUCAGGUUCAGUGUUUUGCCUGCUUGGGAAUCAUCAAAGAUUGGGAAUUCGGUGACCUUGCGCUGGGAGAACACAAAAAGCAUUUCCCAAGAUGCCCCUUCGUCCGAGAUCCAGCUAACAAGAAUGUUCCGCUUGCCGCUGAAAAAGCCAAAUCGGGAGCUGCAGGUGGUGGCCCUGUGGAGAAACAGGCAAAAGAGAAACAAGCGGAGCUCUACAAAGCCCCCAAUAAUACCAAGAAAUCUCAAAGCGGGAAGAAAGGGUCCGGGAAACCGGUGAAGGGUGGCGGAUUUAAUGAGAGCCUGAAGUCCUGUGAGGGAAAUCCAACUCGGCAACUCACCAUCGAUUCCGCCGAAACUGAAUUGCGUCUGACCCUCCGGAGUGAGUACAAGCGGCUCUUGACGUACCACAGCUGGCCUCGAAACCACCCUUUGGAACCCCGCUACCUGGCCGAAGCCGGCUUCUACUUCCUGCUAAAAGACGACAUCGUGCAGUGCUUCGCCUGCUUCGGCAAAAUCCGGGACUGGGAACCUUGGGAUAUCCCUCGGCAGGAGCACGCACGGCUGUUUCCAAGCUGCCCCUUUGUCAAGGGUCUGGAUGUCAAAAACGAGCCAAUCACAGAUCUGCAGAUGGCCAACGUAGUCACCUACCGGGAGCCAUCAGGAUACGAAAACACACUGCAACAAUUCUCAAAGCAGUUGGAAGCAGUUCUGCCCCAAACAGCCAAAGUGACAAGUCAAUGGGAGCAAGUGGCAUCACCGAAUCGCGUCCUGAACAGGCCCAAGUACCCAGACUAUGUCGGGGAGAAUGCAAGAGUGGCCACCUAUCACAAAGGCUGGCCGGGAAUCCUGGGGAUCACGCCGCAACAGCUAGCACGAGCAGGAUUCUUUUACACAGGUGAGGGAGACAGCACCAAGUGCUUUUAUUGCGGUGGGGGGCUCAAACACUGGGAGUCCACCGAUGAGCCCUGGACAAAGCACGCGAAGUGGUUCUCGGUCUGUGAGUGGCUGCUCCAACAGCGGGGAAGGACGUUUGUGAGCUACGCCGUCCGAAACUCCCGUGUUGACAUGUCGCAGUUGAGACAAGUGAGGAAUGCCCAGAUGAUGCCCUCCGCUGCAGUCAAGGCAGCCAGCAGCAGCUUGCCAGCCCCAACAGCCUCUGUAUCACAGGAACCUCCUACAGAUGAGGCCAGUGUGAUCCACAAGAAAUUCUCUAUGGAUGACCAACUGGCUGUAAGGCAGGCCAAGGAAAUGCGAGAAGCUGGAACAUGGAAAGAGGACAUUGAAGAAGGAGAAGACAGGGGGAAGACACAAAACAGUGUCAACGCUACAGGGGGGCAUGAGGGGGCAGUUCACCCCAGCAAGCAAAUCAAACGAAAGAAGAAAAAAGGAACAAACGAGAGUCCAACGAAGCAACUGGCACAAGGUCUUGAAGGGUUGAGGUUUGGUGAACAUGAGGCUUCUGAGACGGUUGGACAGUCCAGAGAAGUACCAGCAGAAUCGCCACGACAACAAUCAGAGAGUGAACGCCAGAUUGAGCGACUUCGCGACGAGAACAUGUGCAAAGUGUGCAUGGACAACGACGCCAACACUGUGCUCAUGCCGUGCAGGCACCUCCUCAUGUGCGAUAUGUGCGCAAACACGCUCCGCCUCUGCCCAAUAUGCCGACAGACCAUCACCAACACCAUCAAAGUCUCCAAGUCGUAAGAGAUGGUUUUGAUAAGAAACAAUUUUUGAUAAGAACCUGUCUCCACAGUUUUGAUCUAUAGUCACUUGUCAGUUCCUCAAAAUACAGUGGAACACCGCUAUACCGAACACUGCUAUACUGAACACCGCUAUACCGAAUGUUCGGCUAUACCGAACAUCAUCCUUGGCUCCCGAUUUUAA